CCCAUUUCCAACAACCUCACAGAGAAGCCACGCCCCUUGUGCUUGGUUGAGGUAAACCUGAGGUAAAAGACAACGUGAAACUGCCACCGAGGCAAACUGGACAUUUAUUUGUGGUGUUUUAGAAAAUGACAAGUCGCACAAAAACAACACAAAGGAGUUGCUCAUAAACGGCUUGUAAUAUCCGAAUCCGAAUCAGCUUUAUUGCCAGGUACGGAAGAGAGACGACGCGAUGUCGGAUGUGAAAAAUCGUGUUCCGCGGGAACUCUUUCUACGGCUCAGGUCCAGGAGCUGAUCUCCACAGAGGUGCAGUCUGCCCUGGAGCAGUCAGACAAAAUGAUGAAAGCCCUGAUGGAGAGAAUGCAGGAGGUAGAGAGCGAACCCAGAUACAAUGCCAGACUUCAGAAUCUCGAGGCACACAUUAGGAAAGUGAAGCGAAGAGGCGACGCCGUGUUUGCAGACUUACGGAAACGCCGAAGCUUGGAUACAGCCCAGGAUCAGAAUUUCACCCCAACACCCGAGAUCAACAAACAGGAAAAAAACAGGACCAGUUCUGCUAAUGGACGGAUUUCAGGCUCGUUCAGAUCAGGAGACGUCGUCAGUGAUGGAGGAGGCACUACGAGAAAACCUAAAGAAGGCUUCUGGCAGAGUUUGCGCAUGAAGAAUCAGAUUGUGGAUUUGACCGAUGAAGAAGAAGUGUGCAGACAAAAUGGGACCAAGUUCGUUGAUCCUCCUCAAACGUCGUCACAGGACAACAUUGACAUCAAACCAUCUCCACUGGAAGUUCCCGAGGAUCCCGGGACUGGCCUGAUGAAGAAAAACACCCCUGAGGUGCAGGAAGCAGAGGCCGUCCUGCUGUCCAGACUUCCGCCUUUCCCUGACACGCCGUUCCCCGACCAGCUUCCUGUCGCGGCAGCCAGCAAAUCCAUGCCUCAGAAGCCCGUGGUGAAAGUGGCAGCCAUCAAAAACCCACAGGGAAUUGCGCUGCUGUGGAACGUAGAGGAGGAAGACCCGGACGCCGCCGCCAUGGACUGCUACUACAUCUACGUGACGCAGCAGCGCAGUGACGGAACUUUCUCCAAGUGGAAAACUAUGGGCGUGAUCAAAGCCAUGCCUCUGCCAAUGGCCUGCAGGGUGGCGGCCGAACGCUCCAGAAACAAAACGCUGUGUUUCCUCAUCAUCGGCAAGGACGUGUACGGCCGCUACGGACCCUACAGCGACGUCCACAUCGUGUGGGCCGGGGAAAUGUGAACUCCACCUCUUAUUUUAUUUUUUAUUUUAUUUUUGCUCUCUUACUUUUUUUUUCCCCUAAUUUUAAGUAUCCGGUUCAGUAAAGCAUCGGAGCCGAGCUGCUCAUCUUCGGAAAGGCUUUUAAAGAUUCUGACUGAAAUGCGUGUUCUCUCUCUUUUUUUUUUUUUUUUUGGUAAAUUGUUUGAUGUCGAUACAAUAAAAUGUGUUCUGCUGAUGAAAUUCUGUACUUCCUCGGUGAAACCUGCUUAAUACAAGACCACAGAAGAGCAUCGCAGCUCAACGAAGGAGCUCUUACUGUACAGCUAGAAAGUAGGCAGGCAGGCAGGUGAGGCGUAGUGUGGAAUAUUUAUAUGAGAAAGUGCUGUGUAGCUGAGGUUUAAACACAGGUUCAGUGAUAUAACUUUAUAUAAGUUUAAUCAAACGUCACGUCGUAUUAAACAAAACUGUUUGACCGAAUUUUCUAAAAGGUUUAACAUUUUAUCAUUUUAAGAUUUCUUUCAAACACAUUCGCUGCUAUCAAUCAAAAUGGUUGUAAUAAAUACAUUUAAUGGUAUUCACCCUGAAAAGGAUACAGUAAUGAGUGUUAUUAUUAUUAUUAUUAUUAUUAUUAUUAUUGAUUCACCAAAUCUGUUGCAAUACCACUAUAUAAACGGUAGGGGCAGUGUUGUAGUUACAGAUGUUCUCAUUCUGGCUAUUUUGUUGUUGUUGUUUUUUUGCUGUUAUUUUUAAGCCAGAGCACAUCCCCCCCCCCUCACUCUCUCUCUCUCUCUCUCUCUCCAUUCAAUGUAGAUUUUACAGAAAAUUGUCGGAAGCCUAUGAAAAACUUGUGUAUGACGAUUUCUUAAUAAACUUUUAAUUUUUCCA